AUGGUCCCUCGCAUCAGCGAACCCCAGCUUCGCCCCGAACCAGAACGCGCUCCUUCAAAUAGUACAAAAAUAUCCUACAGAUCUUAUUCUUCAUCUUUUGAAGCAGAUGACGAGAGAUCGAGUUCUGCUGAUCACGAUAGUAUGGGCCCCGAUAUUGGUUCUGCACAUAGAGAUGUUCCUGCCCAGUAUGCGGGUGAGGAUACACGAUUGACGAGUCGGAAAGAGUUGUCGGGAUGGUACGCCUACGGAUUUGCUGCGGAGGUUUUCGUCAUUUGUGGUAUUGGAUCCUUCAUCCCGAUUACUUUGGAGCAAUUGGCAAGAGAGAAUGGAGUUCUACUUUCAGAUCCAACACAACCAUGCGGUUCGAGCUCUACACAUCUACCACCAGGUUUACAUCCAGGAAAUGCAAAAGAUUCACAAUGCGUGAUUUAUCUUGGCGGAAUACAGAUAAAUACUGCUAGUUUUGCUAUGUAUAGCUUCUCUCUCAGCGUUCUCUUCCAAGCGAUAUUGGUAGUUUCGAUUAGCUGUGCUGCAGAUCAUGGGAAUUAUCGCAAACGACUGCUGUUAUUGUUUGCAUUCGCCGGAUCUAUAACGACAAUGUUGUUUCUAACAGUUGUCCCAAAAGUUUACUUGUUAGGGGCUCUCUGGGCAAUUAUCUCAAAUACCUGCUUUGGGGCAAGUUUUGUGCUGUUAAAUUCAUUUCUCCCCCUACUUGUUCGACAUCAUCCGAAAACUCAAUAUGGCACGCCGGAUUUUUCACCAGAGUUGCAUCCUAGUUUUGUCGAUGAAUAUCCUCCAGAACACUCCCUGAGUGAGCCAGAGGUUGAGGUAUACGAUGAAAGAAGUGCACUCCUAUCACACAAUAGGGCCCCUUCGGAAGCCCCUGACGCAACGGAUCCUUUACCGCCAUCUACAGAUUCCACUUCGAUUGAGCUUCAAUUGUCUACCCAAAUUUCUUCGACUGGUAUAGGAAUCGGCUAUAGUGCCGGUCUCUUUCUCCAAUGCGUAUCCAUUAUCAUUAUAUGGUUGCUCAAAGGUACAACCUUCUCCCUACGACUCGUAUUAUUUUUCAUAGGAUUAUGGUGGUUCCUGUUUACAAUUCCUGCCGCGUUAUGGCUUCGACCUAGACCAGGACCACCAUUACCACCCACAGGUAAUCGGAAUUCAAAGGGCUCAAGAAGUUGGUGGGCUUAUACUAUCUACGCUUGGUCAUCUCUCUUCCGCACCGUAAAACUCGCCCGAAGAUUGAAAGAUAUAACCCUUUUCUUGGCAGCGUGGUUCCUCCUCUCCGAUGCCAUUGCAACUGUUUCGGGAACAGCAGUUCUCUAUGCUAAAACCCAGCUUCGCAUGGCACCCGAAGCACUUGGUCUCAUUAAUGUCAUCGCGACUACAGCAGGCGUCCUAGGUGCAUUCUCAUGGGCAGCUAUUUCCCGCGCUCUCAAACUGAAACCCCAUCAAACGAUUCUCGCAUGUAUAUGCAUAUUCGAAUUGAUCCCCUUGUACGGUCUCUUGGGGUUUCUCCCCAUUGUCAAACGAUGGAACGUCAUCGGUCUCCAACAACCUUGGGAAAUGUAUCCUCUUGGGUUCAUUUACGGUUUCGUCCUCGGUGGCUUGAGUAGUUAUUGUCGCUCCCUAUUUGGUGAACUCAUCCCCCCGGGAUCCGAAGCAGCAUUUUAUGCUCUUUACGCUAUUACAGACAAAGGAUCUAGUGUCUUUGGCCCCGCAAUUGUUGGAGCAAUUGUCGAUGGCACGGGCGAAAUUAGACCAGCCUUUUGGUUUUUGGCGGUUCUAGUUGGAUUACCAGCUCCAUUGAUCUAUUUUGUUAAUGUAGAAAGGGGCAAGGAAGAAGGUGCAAGGUUGGCGGAAAUUAUCGAGGGCUUUAGAAUUAAGGAUGCCGAGAUUGCGAGGGGAGAGCAUAGUUCAUCAGAGAGUAUCGGUGAAGAUGAGAGAGGAAGGGAUAAUAGAGAAAUUAGUCCUUAUGAUGAGGAGAGAGAAGGAAGGCGGAGAAAUGAUAUAUGA